AACAACUCACGGACCAGGAAACAGGGUUUAACAAUCAUUGAAGCUAUUUUUUAACAAAUGGCUUCGCUUAACUCAAAAACUGCCAUUUUUGUGGCUUUAAUAGUUCUUUUAUGUGCUUUACUUUACAAAAAACACACUGACGACUUAAUGAAAGAUAAAAUGACACACGUUUUGCGGGGGUUGCUAAGAGCAGAGAAGAAAGUGGGAGUGGAUAAGAAUAUCCGAAUAGCUCUAGGUUUCGGUGGGUGCGAGGAUAUCAUCGUAAAUGCGCAAGACGUACUCCAGGGUCUAAAUUAUACAUCUCCGGCGAAUCCUGAGCAUGUGGACGAUAUUGAAUCAAAAGAGGACUUCAAUAAAAUUUUCACGUACUUCUUUAAACAAGGGGCAGCUGCAGAACGAUACGUUGAGAACGCCACUCUGUUUUCCGAAAUUGCAAGAGUGGCUAGACAGACACCUGGAGCACGUCUUGCUAUGGGUGGGAAUGCCCCUGCAAUGGCACGACGACUCGCAAUGGAAGGAGCAGAAAUACUUUUGGCAGCAAGAUUUACUAAAGAAUCAAUGAAAACAAUUCCUGAUUCAAUUAAAGUUCUUGGUAAACCACUUGAAGAAGACGAGUUACACAUCUUGUUUGAAUACAGUGCCGGAAGUACAUGGGGCAACUAUACAGCAAACAGAGCUAACAGGUUUAUUAUACACAGUGACAAGAGCAACCCAUUCCUUGACACCCUAGAGGACCUUGAGGCAGAGCUUCCCAUCUUUGACCCCUCGGUUCUUGUCGUAGGAGGGCUUCAGAUGAUGGACAAUUUUCCCUUCAAACAAGGCAUACGUCAGGAGAGACUGAAAAAGCUUCAGGACCUAUUGAUUAAGACUGAUCGCAGUACCAAGAUCCAUUUUGAGUUGGCCUCAUUCAGUGAUGAAACUUUAAUGAAGGAAAUAGUCGACCAUGUCGUGUACUACUCCGACUCACUUGGAAUGAAUGAACAAGAACUGCCAAACCUCGUAAGCAUUCUCACCGAGGGAAAGAUUGCGCUUAUCUCUGACUCCAGACCAAGAAUCGCCUCAGUUCUUGACCAAAUGAGAACUGUCUUCCAUCUCCUGAAUCAAUCGAAGGACAUGAAUGGAAAGAGGAAGUUGACUAGACUUCACCUUCACACCUUAGCGUACCAGGCCAUUCUAACACAGAAAGGCUCUGACUGGAAAAAUACGAUGUCUGCUGCAGCCAAGGCCUCGUUGACUGCAAACCGUCACGUGUGUGGGUCCAACUGGAUUGAUCCAGAAAAAGCUAAGCUGUUGAUGGAUGAUUCCUUCUCCACCACAGCUAAGAUCGAAGGAGCAGAUAAAAUACUUUUAGAGGAAAACCGUCCUGUGUCCUGUUGGGCGGAGGAUGAGUUUGAUAUCUGCCUGGCACCUGUGCUGGUCUGUACAGAGGUGCUGCAGACGGGUGGUGGGGGAGACAACAUUUCGUCUGCUGGCCUGCUUUAUCAGCUAUAAGAAACACAGUUACUCCCCUUGAUAGAUGUGGUAUAUAAAGUAUAAGAAACACAGUUACUCCCCUUGAUAGAUGGGCUAUAUAAAGUAUAAGACACACAGUUACUCCCCUUGGUAGAUGUGGUAUAUAAAAUUUAAGAAGCACUGUUACUUUCCUUGAUAGAUGGGCGCUAUAAAGUUUGAGAAGCAAAGUUACUUCCCUUGGUAGAUGUGCUAUAUAAAGUUUAACAAGGAACUUCCCUUGGUAAAUGGGCAAUAUAAAGUUUAAGCAGCACAGUUUCCUUGGUAGACAGGCUUUAUAAAGUUUUAGAAGCACAGUAACUGCCCUUGGUAGAUGUACUAUAUAAGGUAAAAGAAACAGAAUUACUUCCCUCAAUAGAUGUUUAUGCCUUUAAUUUAUUAUACCUUAUUGAAAAUUAUAUACCUUACAAAACUAAAUAGUUAAAAUAAGUA